CCCAAGAAAAAGAAGAAAAGUUUGCGCCUUAAAUUGUAACUAGCUAAAUUAAAUUGCGUUUGUAAUUCGUGAACUAGCCUCUUAGUUACAUCAGAAAAGUAAAUGCAAAGUCUCUCCUACUUACCUUGUUUUUUGAGGACAUAUCUCGCUGGAUUGCCAAAAAAUGAACAUUUAAAAAGGUUUGAAGUACUUUGUCAAAUCACCAGUCUAUGGUCUCAGCACUGACGCCGCGUCGUGAUGUGGAACCGGAACUGAAGAAACUCAAAGUUGAGUGUACCAGUCCGCGGCGGGUUAUUUGUUUUAAACUUCAGAAGCUCAGUCGGACACUGUCAUGGUGGCUGUGGUCGUGUAACGUUCACUGUCACACAGCCUCCAAGGAUGUUUUACUACUCCACGAGCAAAAAGGAACCUCCAAUCACCAGGUGACAAAAAGGCGCAAAAAAGCAAGACCUUCAUGUCCAUCAGUCCUGAACCACUUUGACAAACAGUACAGUGAGGAACUCGGUGACCUGUGGGCGUCUGCAAGAGCGGUGCUCCUGGACCCUCACUCUUGGCAGUAUGGAGUCAUGCUCAACCGCUUCAGCGCUGCAACGGACAUCACACAGAUUCUCCAGUCACAGGGUUUCUCCUCAUUGCUGCUGCAAACGGACAUCCCUAAGUUGCUUUCCAGUGGCUCUUCAGCGGUGUCAAAUUCAAAAUACGAAGCAGGAAACAACUCUCACUGUGUCUCCGAGUGCCCUCCUGAUGACAGCCCCUCUCAUACGCUCACUCAGGACCUUCAAUCAGAGCCUUCUUUACAAUGUUACAUCCACCCGUAUCCACUGCGGUUCCCCUCUCAGGCACACAGGCCUGGCCAUCUGAAGCAGUACUACCUCCUGAAUGCCGCCUCCUUGCUCCCAGUGCUCGCUCUGCAAGUCAGAGAUGGGGAGAAGGUUUUGGAUCUUUGUUCUGCUCCUGGAGGGAAAGCUGUAGCCAUGAUGCAGUGUGCCACCCCAGCACUUCUUUGCUGUAAUGAACCGGACGCUCACAGACGGGCCUGGCUGAGCAGGACCAUAGAGUCCUUUCUGCCUCUCUCACUGAACACCAGAGUGAUCGUGUCAGCACAGGACGGACGCUCUUGUGGCCAAAGUGAAGCAGGAAUAUAUGACAAAGUGUUAGUCGAUGCUCCCUGCUCUAAUGACAGGAGCUGGUUGUAUUCUAGCAGCAGCCAGCAGGGGGAGCAGCGACUAAAGGAAAGAGACAGGCUGCCUGCGCUCCAGGCUCAGCUGCUUCGGUCUGCACUGUUAGCGGUGCGUCCAGGCGGCAUUGUGGUCUACUCCACCUGCACCCUGUCCAGCUCAGAGAACUACGCGGUGGUUAAGUCGGUGCUGAAUGAUUGUCCGGAGGCUGAACCUGAAGACCUCUGGGAGGAGAUUGCCCUUCCUUUAUCAAAAUACUUUACAUUUAGUCCUGCUCACCCUGAUCAUGGACAGACACUUCAAAAGCCCUCCCUGCAGCCGCUCGACAGUACUGUGUCCUCUUAUCAUCACAGGCUCGGCAUUUUAGUGGUGCCUCAGACCGGCAAGACCUGGGGACCCAUGUUUUUGUCUCGGAUUAGAAGAAAAAAAUAGCAUGUAUCCUCCUGUGCAGAGAAGAUAUGCAGGAACAAAUGGAACCAAACAUACACAUUUUUGUUUGUACCGCUGCUGUUACCUCUGGGUCCACCUCAUGGGACUGGUUUGCAACUCCCCAACAAACAGAGACAGUGUAAACUCUACACAGUGCCAGCUUUAGACCCUUGAAGAGGAGGAAGGUUGCAGCAGAAGUACUUUAGUCUGGUAGAUAAAUAUAUCAGUCUUGCCUCAUGCAGGAAAAGACGGUCAACUGUUUUAAUACUUGGACAAAACAACGAGUGACAAGCUGUAGGAUAAAGUUUACAGCCGCUCAUAUUUGUGUGUUUUUCAUGACAAUUCUACAUUUGACAUUUGUACCAAGCAUUGCAAAAUGAUAAAUCAUUCACUCUACCUUCA